UCGGGGUGCUGUCGGGCAGGACGAAGACUCAUUCUGCCCCCCCCCCCAAUAUUUUUGGAGGGUGGGGCUGAGCUGUGCGAAGAUCUGAGGCUGCCUCCAAAAAUCCUGGGGUCCCCCCUCGCCCCCAAUUUCUGCAGUUUUUGGGCUUCCUUUGUCCACCAGGACCGGGCCCCUACACCCCACUCGGGACCAGCUCGUGGGAGCGCGUCUAGUCCAGCCAGGCGGUUUCACUUUUCUGGACUCGCCCAUUGUUUCGGGAUUGUUUCGGGACCAGCUAUUCCAGAAACGGGCCCUUGGCCGGGAGUCAAAGCAUCCCUGACUCGAGAGGUUUCCGGAGCCCCACGACUUUUCGGGAGCUCCGAGACGCUGGACUUUUCUAGGGGAUCCUGGCUCAGGAAUUUCUCCAGAACCAACUUUUUGCCAGGGUUGGCGAGUUUUGGAGAAUCCAGUUUUUCUAGCCGGACGGUGUUUGUCUCCGUUGAUUUGCCAGAGUCCACGUUUGUAGGGAAACCUGACCCCCCCCCCACAAGAAAUUUAUUUUUGAGAUUAUUUUUUCUAGAUUGGGUUUGUUCCCACCCCCCUUGACUGGGGACAAAUCUGGGGUAAUUUUAUAGCUUUGGGUGAGAUCUGCAUUUAAUAUUUUUAGAUGGGAAGAAAUCUCAGUUUAAUUUUUCUGGCUCAGGAAGAAAUCCAGGUUUAAUUUUUCUGGAUCAGGGCAAAAUCUGGGUUUAUUUUUUUUCUAGAUUGGGAAAUAAUCUAGGUUUAAAUUUUCUGGAUCAGGGUGAAAUCAGGGAUUUGAUUUUUUUCUGGAUCAGGGCAAAAUCUGGGUUUAUUGUUUCUGGAUUGGGAUGUAAUCAGGGUUUAAUCUUUUCUGGAUCAGGGUGAAAACUGGGCAUAACUUUUUUUUCUAGAUUGUGGAUAAAUCUAGGUUUAAUUUUUCUGGAUCAGGAAGAAAUUCAGGUUUAAUUCAGGGCGGAAUCAGGGGUUUAUUUUUUCUGGAUUGGGGCAAAAUUUGGGUUUAUUCUUUUUGGGAUUGGGUGAAAUCUGGGCUUCACUUUUUCUAGAUUGUGGAUAAAUCUGGGUUUAAUUCUUCUGGAUCAGGGUGAUUUCUGGGUUUAUUUUUUUCUGGAUCGGGGCAAAAUUUGGGUUUAACUUUUUUCUAGAUUGAGGUGAAAUCUGGGUUAAUUUUUUUCUAGAUUGGGGAGAACUCUGAGUUUAUUUUUCUGGAUCAGGGUGAGUUCUGGGUUUAAUUUUUUUGGAUCAAGGUGAUUACUGGGUUUAAUUUUUUUUGACCAGGGUGGUUUUGGGGUUUAAUUUUUCUGGAUCAGGGUGAAAUCUGGGUUGUUGUUUUUCUAGAUUAGGAAGAAAUGUAGGUUUAAUUUUUUCUGGAUCAGGGUGAUUUCUGGGUUUAUUUUUUCUGGAUCGGGGCAAAAUCUGGGUUUUUUUUCUGGAUUGGGAUGAAAUCAGGGUUUAUUUUUUUCUAGAUUGAGGAGAAGUCUGGCUUUAUUUUUCUGGAUCAGGGUGCAAUCUAGGUUUAAUUUUUGUAGAUUGGGGCGGGGAAAACCCAGGGUUUCCUUUUUCUAGAGUUGGGGGAAUCAGGGAGUCAGACAAACUGAGGAGUUAAAACUUUCUGGACUGGGCAACAAUGGAGCAUUAAAAGUUUCAGAGUUUAGGAGACAUUUAGGGGUUUCCAUUUUUGCCGACUGGGGGAAAAGUGAUCGUUUCCCUUUAGACUAGGGGGAAAUGGGGUGUCCAUUUUGUGCUCGACGAAAGGCGCUUGGGGGCUGAGUUUUUCCAGAUUAGGGACCUUUGGGGGGGCUGAUUCGCUUGUUAGCCUAGGGAGAAUUUCCUCUAGAUUAGAAAAAAAAAUUGUGGAGGGAGGGAGUUGAUUUUUCCACGCCAGAAAUGUAUUCAGAGGUUAAUCUUUUCCAGACUUGGUCAGUUAUUAGGACGUAAAUAUUCUUGGGGGUCGAAUUUUCCAGCUAUCUGGGGGUAGCGGAGUCCUUCCAGAGAGAGGGAAAUCUGGGGGAUUCAGUUGUCCCAGAUCAGGGCGGGCUGGGGCUGCCGUGUUUCUGGGCAAAGGAUUAUUUUUCUGGAGUAAAGUUUCCCCGACUGGGGAUUUACUCUCCCCCCCUCCGGUUGGUUGAUCAGGAUUUCGCGACAGCAGCUUUUCCCCUGGCCAGGAAUUCGGGACCGACCCGGCCAUGGAGCUCUGGCUGCUUUGUCUCUGGCUUCCCCUCACUCAGGCGGUGGAGGAGACCUUGCUGAACACCUGGCUGGAGACGUCGGACCUGAAGUGGACGACGUACCCCCAAACGGACGGCCAGUGGGAGGAGCUGAGCGGGCUGGACGAGGAACGCCAGCAUUCGGUGCGCACCUUCGAGGUGUGCGCGGUGGAGGGGCCGGGCCGGGAGGCCUGGCUGCGCAGCGGGUUCGUGCCCCGCCGGGGGGCCACCCACGUCUACGCCGAGCUGCGCUACACGGUGGUGGAGUGUUUCUCCCUCCCGCGCCCGGCCCGGGCCUGCAAGGAAACCUUCAACGUCUUCUUCUACGAGGCCGAGCGGGACCUGGCCACGGCCACCGACCCGCCCUGGCUGGAGAACCCCUGGGUCAAGGUGGACACGGUGGCGGCCGAGCACCUGACCCGCAAGCGCCCGGGGGCCGAGGCCACGGGGAAGGUCAACGUCAAGACCCUGCGGCUCGGGCCGCUGAGCAAAACCGGCUUCUACGUGGCUUUCCAGGACCAGGGCGCCUGCAUGGCCCUGCUGGGGGUCCGGCUCUACUUCAAAAAGUGCCCCGGGGCCGUGGCCCGGCUGGCCGCCUUCCCCGAGACGGUGCCCCGGGAGCUGGUGACGCCCGUGGCCGGCGCCUGCGUGGCCGGGGCCGAGCCCGAGGGGCCCGGGCCCCUCAGCAUGUACUGCCGGGAGGACGGGCGCUGGGCCGAGCACGCGCCCGCCGGCUGCGUCUGCCUGGCCGGGCACGAGGCCGCCGAGGGGAACACGCAGUGCCGAGCCUGUGUCCCCGGCACCUUCAAGGCCGCGCAGGGUGAGGGGCUCUGCCAGCCCUGCCCCCCCUACAGCCAUUCCUCCGCGCCCGGCGCCUCCAUCUGCUCCUGCCGCAAUGGGUACUUCCGUGCCAGCGCCGACCCCCCCAGCUCCCCCUGCACCACGACCCCCUCGGCCCCACGCAGCAUCGUGCCCCAGAUCAACGGCUCGGGGGUGGUGCUGGCCUGGAGUGAGCCCCUGGAGAGCGGGGGCCGGCGGGACGUGACCUACAACGUGCUCUGCUCCGAGUGCCCCGAGGGGCGGCCCUGCCAGCGCUGCACCCGCCUGACCUUCGCCCCCAGCGCAGCGGGGCUGGCGGAGCCGGGGGUGACUGUCCAGGGCCUGCAGCCCUACGUCACCUACGCCUUCGAGAUCCAGGCCGUCAAUGGGGUGUCGGACCUGAGCCCCAACCCGCCCCAGGCCGAGCUGGUCAACGUCACCACCACCAAGGAUGUGCCCCCGCCCGUGGACAAGGUCCAGGGGUCUCUGUCCACCACCGGGAUGGUUCUGAGCUGGCCGGUGCCCCACCCCCGCAGCGGGCGCAUCCUGGACUACGAGGUGAAAUACUACGAAAAGGGCACGCCGGGCGGGGAGUCCCCUAUGUUCAUGAAGGCGUCGGAGGCCCAGGUGACGCUGCGGGAGCUGCGCCGGGGGGCGUCCUAUGGGGUGCAGGUCCGCGCCCGCUCCGAGGCCGGUUACGGGGAGUUUGGGCCGGAGUUCCUCGUCCCCAUGCAGGGCAGUGAGGCGGGGGGCCGGGCGGAGCAGCUAGGGCUGAUCGUGGGGGCGGCCGCCGUGGGGGCCCUGCUGGUGCUGGCCGUGGUGGCAGUGGCUGUGAUCUGUAUCAGGAAACACGGGGCGGGGGGCCGCGACCCCGAAUACUCGGACAAACACGGCCAGUACCUCAUUGGGCACGGCACCAAACUCUACAUCGACCCCUUCACCUACGAGGACCCCAACGAGGCCGUGCGGGAAUUCGCCAAAGAGAUCGACGUCUCCUACGUGAAAAUCGAGGAGGUGAUCGGCGCCGGGGAGUUCGGGGAGGUGUGCCGGGGCCGGCUGAAGGUGCCCGGGAAGAAGGAGGGCUGCGUGGCCAUCAAGACGCUGAAGGGGGGGUACACGGAGCGGCAGCGCCGGGAGUUCCUCAGCGAGGCCAGCAUCAUGGGGCAGUUCGAGCACCCCAACAUCAUCCGGCUGGAGGGGGUGGUGACCAGCAGCACCCCAGUCAUGAUCCUCACCGAGUUCAUGGAGAACGGGGCGCUCGACUCCUUCCUGCGGCUGAACGAGGGGCAGUUCGCGCCCAUCCAGCUGGUGGGGAUGCUGCGGGGCAUCGCCUCGGGGAUGCGCUAUCUGGCGGAGAUGAGCUAUGUGCACCGGGACCUGGCCGCCCGCAACAUCCUGGUCAACUGCAACCUGGUCUGCAAAGUCUCCGACUUCGGCCUCUCCCGCUUCCUGGAGGAGAACUCCUCCGACCCCACCUACACCAGCUCCCUGGGUGGGAAGAUCCCCAUUCGCUGGACGGCCCCCGAGGCCAUCGCUUUCCGCAAGUUCACCUCGGCCAGCGACGCCUGGAGCUACGGGAUCGUCAUGUGGGAGGUGAUGUCCUUCGGGGAGCGGCCCUACUGGGACAUGUCCAACCAGGACGUGAUCAACGCCAUCGAGCAGGAUUACCGCCUGCCCCCCCCGCCCGCCUGCCCCACGGCGCUGCACCAGCUCAUGCUGGACUGCUGGCAGAAGGAGCGAAGCGCCCGGCCCCGCUUCGCCCAGCUCGUCAGCUCCCUCGACAAGCUGAUCCGCAACCCAGCCAGUCUGCGCAUCGUCUCCCGGGACGGCGCCGGGCCAUCCCACCCCCUCCUGGACCAGCGGGCCCCCCCCAGCGCCUCCUUCAGCUCCGUCAGCGACUGGCUCCAGGCCAUCGACAUGGGCUGCUACGAGGAGAAAUUCAGCACGGCCGGAUUCAGCUCCCUCGAGCUGCUCAGCCAGAUCUCCAGCGAGGACCUGCUCCGAAUCGGGGUGACCCUGGCCGGCCACCAGAAGAAGAUUCUCUCCAGCGUCCAGAACAUGCGAAUCCAGAGCAAAGCCGCCCCGUCCGGAGGGGCGGCCGGGAGCCGGUUCUGACCCGAUCCGGGAGUCGAGUCCUGCCUGGUUCUCCGGAGCUGGGAACAAACCGGACCCCGGGUUACUAACGGGGCCCUGAC